AUGCCAGGCGUGAAGCGACCAGCAGAGACUUUGGUGAAGACCAUCAUAGGGGGAGACGGGCAAGUGCCCUCAGUGGAGAACCCAGAUGCGACUGCAACAAUAGAACUGGCUCAGCAGACGCCAAAGCAGAAGACAAGAUCGUUCAGUCAGAGGCAGGUCGCCUUUGUGGACCUGACAGCCGAUGACUCAGACGAGCCUGGGCAGCAGGACUGCGCCAGUGCAGAUGAUGCGUCGCCCAUGAGCAUUGCCCGCUCAUUCACAGACCAGGCGUCCACCCCAGGAGGCAGCAGCACGAAGAGUCUGCCUUCUGGGAGCCCCAUGGCCAUCUCUCCUCUGGCAGCAGACCCCUGCAGCCCUGCAGAGGAGGGCUCCAGCCCCUGCAACACCUGGCAGCCCAGACCCUCCCGCUUCCAGCCAGUGAGCAUUUCUGAGGACCAGGACAUAGCAGAGGGACCUGCUGGCGAUGGCACCGCUGCGAGGGAGUUAGGCGCAGAACAGAUGCAGGAGGAGGAGGAGCCAGGCAGACACCAACCAUCUGCAGAUGACGUAGCUGCAGUGGGUGCUGCAGACAGCGAGCAGCCUGGGCCCACAGAGGAGCACAAGGCAGCCGCUGAGUCCUACCGAGCGGCAUUGGCAGCCCUGAAUGAGCGCACAGCGCCCCAGGAAGCACCGGCCCCUCAAGCUGCUCCCUUGCUGAGCAGCAGAGGGCAUGCACCUGCUGGACUUGUUGAGGCACAGCCUGUGGGCCGGCAUCCUUGUGAAAGGGGAGGGCCGGCCAGGCAGCCCAAUGAUGCCGGCAGCUUCGCCUGGCAGCGGCCAAGACAGGCGCCUGCCAGGGAUGCGGCUCCUGCAGCUGUCACAGAAAGCGCCAGUCGCGCAGCAGCCUUGCAGGAGUACAAGGACGCGCUGCGGGUUGCCAGUGGCCUGCCUCCUGAAGCACCCUCUACCAGCUUCUAUGCACAGAAGGGCAGCCGGGCUGUGAGGCAUUCAGAGGCCCAGACCGGCGGCUCAGCCAGGAUAUACGAAACAUGUGCAAGGCAGCAAGAGGCGGCGGACUUUGCUGACAAAUGCAACAGGAAGCUUGCAACCGAGCAGCAGCAGCACAGCAACUCAAUGGGCCUUCCGGGUGGUGCCAUGUGCCAAGUCCGGCAGAUGGCAGCGCUGCCUUCACAGACAGUGGCAGCCAUGGAGGAGGGGAGGGCUGCAAGCGCAGUGGCGCGCACAGCGCAGGCAGGGGAUGGCGGUAUGGAUCGCUGCCAGCAGACAGAGGCGUCCACCAGUGCAUCGGGCGAGGGCAUUCCCGACCAUGUCAAGGUGGUGAGGGAGGGGCGGCCGUGCCACAUGUACUUUGAUCUGGAGUAUGUGCCGGAGUGCAAUCCGCUGGUGGACGCCAACAUGAUGGUCACCAUCCUGCUCAACCUUGUGCGCAUGGGCCUCAGGGAGCUAUGGGGGCUGCAGCUGGAGGACGGCUGGGUGUGGGAGCUGGACAGCAGCAGCCCUGCCAAGUGGAGCCGCCACAUCAUCGUUGUCGUCCCGGGGCGAGCCUUCCCCAGCAACCUCGCCCUCGGCGCCUUUGUCACCCAGAUCCUCUCCCUGCCCCAGGCAGCCCAGCUGCGAGUGGAGAAGACCGAUGGCCGCUGCACCGGCGAGAGGCACUUCACAUCAAUAGUGGACACGGCUGUGUACACAAAGAACCGCCACUUCAGGACGGCGCUCAGCUGCAAGGGCGGGAAAGGCCACGUGCUUCAAUCCACCGGCAGGUUCGCCGCAAGCCAAGGCUCUCAGUUGACCGAGCGGGAGCUCUUCAUGCGCACGUUGGUGUGCAACGUGGAGACGGGCGCACGUCCGCUCGCAUGCGGCGCGGCCGAGCAGCUGCUGCGAAGCCGGGCCGGCCCGUCCAACCGCCGCACUGCGCAGCUAUCUGAUAGCGCCGAGGGCCUGCAGUUGCUGCAAACGGCUGCUGCGGCUGCGAAGGUGUGCUGGAAACGAGACGCCCUGGACGACGGCCUGCCGCUGCUGGCCCCCAUCGAAGAGCUGCAGCGUUGGGGGCAGCAGGUGGUGGCGUUCAUAGAGGAUGUAGCAAAGCAGCGCGCCGGCGGCGCACCCGCGACCGUGCGGACCAUCGCACACUGCGGCACCGCCGGCCUCGUGGCAUACUCCAUGUUGGGGCCGGGCAGCCACUGGUGCGAGAACAUCGGGCGCUGCCAUGCAAGCAACCAUGUGUUCUUUGUGGUGAGCAUGUCAGAGGGGCAGUACGCGCAGAAGUGCUACGAUCCUGACUGCGCCCACUUCCGCUCUGCGUGGAUGCCCCUGCCGCCGCACCUGCUGCUCAGCCCCGACUCUGUCAAUUUGUAG